CGCCGCAUUCGAAACUAGUCGGUCGUGUUGUGAGCCACGUUGUUCUUUAGAUUUGAACCACUUCCAUCGUCCAAGAAGCAAAACAUGGUGUUCUCGAUGCUGAGGGGAGGCCUGGCGGCCGUCAGGGCGCUGAAGACCGCCGUCAAAGUGGAGCAGGGGGUGGUUUUGGCAAACGCUUGUAAAUGCUUGUCGGCCGUACCAGCAAUACAAACCACCCAGAUCCGUUGCUUCAGCGAACGCUACCACCAUCACCACCAGGCCGGAAGGAAGUACGAAUCCGAAUCGGCAUCCGACAGUGACGUAGACGUGAAAGGGCCCAGGGGUGAGUCCGAGUUUUGGAGGAGGAAAAUGCGUACGAUGCACGGCAUCCUGGACGUGAACAAAGACGGCGUCAUCUCCUUCGACGACUUCCAAUUGCUGGCCGACAGGUUCGUUAACCUGGGACAUCUCAGCGACAAGCACACGAAGGAGUUCAAGCUAGUGGUGAGGGAGAUGUGGGAGUCACGGUGGGGCGAAGUCACGCCCUACAAUUUGGUGACGGUCGAACAGUACAUCACCGACAUGCACCACAUCCUCAACGACAAGUAUCUAGUCAAAAAGAUCCAGGGCUUCCUGCCCUACUUGUUCAAGGCGGUGGACAAGGACAGGUCGGGCGAGAUCUCCAUUCAGGAGUACAAAUUGUUCUUCGACUGUCUCGGUCUGAAGGAGUCCGACGCCGAGUUGGCCUUUAGGGCCAUCGAUGCGAAUUCCGAUGGCAAAAUUACCAUUAAGGAGUUUAUCAAACACGGAAAGGAUUAUUAUUUGACCGAGGACGAGGAAAGGAUAAGCAAAUAUUUCUGGGGUCCUUUGAUUGAGCACUGAUUUCUAAUCACUUUGAACUUUACUCUUAAAACCUAGUAAUAGUGACGAUUUUGAUUAAUUUCAUCUGAAUUUGUUGGAUGAGGUUUUUGUAUCUUUUGAUUAAGGUUUUUAGGGUAGGUUGUAAUUUUAAGAUAUUGAAUUAAUUGAAAUAUUGUCAUACAAUAUUUUUAUAUUACCAUUUGUGAUAAUGUUUUAUACAUUCUUUGUAUGUAGGUUUAAUGUGUGAAGAUUUUUAUA